UUUGCAUUCAAUGAUGAGGGUCUCGGAAUCAAUACUAGACAUGGAAAUGGCAAACUACAGUGAGGUUUUAGAUCCAACGUAUACGGCACUGGAGUUCGAAACUAUGCAGAUUCUGUAUAAUGGCAAUGACGGUUCAGGAGAAGCUGUCAACAUGAAUGCUGCUGACAACGGGGUCAGUAGUCUCUGUGCAAUAUGUGGAGACCGAGCGACUGGGAAACAUUAUGGUGCUUCCAGCUGUGAUGGAUGCAAGGGAUUCUUUAGGCGCAGUAUACGGAAAAACCAUGUCUAUACAUGCAGAUUCAACCGGCAAUGUAUUGUUGACAAGGACAAGAGGAAUCAAUGCAGAUAUUGCCGUUUAAAAAAGUGUUUUCGAGCAAGAAUGAAAAAAGAAGCUGUACAAAAUGAACGGGACAGGAUAAGUACGAGAAGAAACACUUAUGAUGGCUGCAACAUUCCCUCUAUUAGCACACUGUCACAAGCUGAGACACUCUCUCGUCAGAUCUCAAUCUCCAGUCCUGGUGCUAGCACUGACAUAAAUGUUAAGAAAAUUGCUGGUAUUAGUGAUGUCUGUGAAUCUAUGAAGCAACAACUUUUGGUUCUGGUGGAAUGGGCUAAAUAUAUUCCAGGCUUCUGUGAAUUACCACUGGAUGACCAGGUUGCCCUACUAAGGGCACAUGCUGGGGAACACCUGUUGCUUGGAGCAGCUAAACGGUCCAUGGCAUAUAAGGAUAUCUUACUUCUAGGCAACAAUUACAUAAUCCAUCGCAACAGUACUGAAGUAGAGAUCAGCCGAGUGGCAAAUCGGAUUUUAGAUGAACUAGUUCGACCCUUCCAGGAAAUUCAGAUAGACGACAAUGAGUACGCUUGCUUGAAAGCAAUUGUGUUUUUUGAUCCAGAUGCAAAGGGCCUGAGUAAUCCGAUGAAGAUUAAGAACAUGCGGUUCCAAGUCCAAAUCAGUUUAGAGGAUUAUAUUAAUGAUCGUCAGUAUGACUCCCGAGGAAGAUUUGGAGAACUUCUGCUUCUACUGCCUACACUCCAGAGCAUCACUUGGCAAAUGAUCGAGCAAAUACAAUUGGUUAAACUAUUUGGAAUUGUUAAAAUUGACAGUUUGCUUCAGGAAAUGUUGCUUGGAGGUACUUCUAAUGAUUCCAGUCAUCUGCAUCAUCCAGUACAUCCUCACUUAGCCCAAGAUCCACUAACUGGACAAACUAUCCUCAUAAGUUCAAUGUCUGCUCCUGUACAUACAGAACAGAUUUCAACUCCAGAAACUCCAUUACCUUCACCUCCUCAAGGAUCUGGGCAAGAAUACAAAAUGCCUACAAAUCAGGCUUCAGUCAUUGCACAGCAAUCUAUUUUGAAACAAAAACCAUUGUGA